AUGUCUUCCCUCCCCGGCGACGCGGAGAACAUCCGAAACACCUUCUCCUCUUGGGAUUCGUGCAUGAGCGAGGCCUACUGCAAAUGGCCCGUCAUCGCCGGCAUCGUCAUCGGCUCCCUCAUCGUCCUCUCCGUCAUCUACUGCUGUGCGCGAUGCCUGUGCUGUGGCGCCGAGUGCUGUUGCGCAAUGUGCUCCUGCUUCAACGCAUGCUGUCCAUCGCCGAGGAAGAACAAGAGCGAUGGAUAUCAAAAACCUCAGGCAUAUCCCCCAUACGCCCAGUACCAGAAUCAGCCGCCGGCCAUGUACUACGGGGGCGGAGGUUACAGACCGGCGCAGACUGCCACUUUCGAUGCGCCGAGCGGCAAAUACAAUGAAGACGCCCUACCCGCCAUGCCUAGCUGGAGCACGGCGCAAAGCAGACGAAUAGAGCAAGAAGCGGCGGAACCAGAAGACGUCGAGCUCGACAAAUUGGACCAACACUCUCCUCCGGAGCAGAGCUUAUUACAUCAAGGCCACGAUUCUGCAGGCUAUCACCAAGAAGACGGCGACUUGGGAGCAAUGGCCGCCAACCCCUACAACGAUCACUCGCCCUACCAACCUCAACACGACCCUUCGCAAUACCAAGCACCCUACAAUCGCUCCCAAUACCAACCGCAACCUCACCAAGCCUCGCAGAUAUACACUCCACCGACACCCCUCACACCGGAAUACGAAGAACCCAACCCCUACCAAAGCUACAACCAGUACCAACCUCGAGCCCAGUAUCAUCAAUCCUCCACACCUCUCUCAUCAGUCGCGCCCUCGUCCAUCUACGCAUCGACAGUCGCCCCCACAUACCGCACCCAGCCGCCUUCAAUGUACGGGGCGCCACAACCGCACCAGCCGCAGCAGUAUGCUGGUCCAUACGGCAACUCGCCGCCGAGCUAUCGAACCGCUCCAUCCGUUGUCGGUGCCAAUUCGCCGCCGCAGUCUCAUGCCCGCAUGCCUAGCGCUGGUAGCUACGGGGUGCCGAGGAAGCCGAUUUCGGGCACGUGGAGAGAGUUGUGA